AUGAACCCCGGGAAACAACCAGGGCCUUACCCCUUUUUACCUAUUUCCCCUACUUUGGAAUCCUCCGCACUUGCGGAGAGCCGAGCCGACAAUAUCUAUCUAAUACAGGUCUUAUAUAAGAUAGAACAAAAACUAGAGAAAGUACAAACUAAACUGGCGGAAAAAGAUACUCCGUCUACCUCCACUUAUAAUAGGAAUGGAGCAUCUGAUAAGCAAGCCCCAUUGACCCACACUUCCCGCUCUCCCUUUGGUCAUACUAUUCAAGUCCCUGGCCCCAUCAUAUCACGCUAUACCCACCGUAAUGAUACCCUUUCUGAGAAUGAGCCUGUCCCCUCUAUCGAAAAUCAAGGACCACAUCGCCCCGCUUCCAUUCCUGUACGCUCUCAUCGUACUGUCAAUUUCACACCUACGCCAGAUACAGGAACGAAUAUCUGUUGUAAGAAAACUCACCAAGCUACCUCUGCCUUGCACUCCUCUUUUCAACAACUCCGAGUCCCUGACCUAGCCACGAAACUUUCAGAUAGCCAAGCUCCUGGUCUCCGGAUUUACAAUCAAACCGAGGGACGGUCACGUAGUACCCUGGAACCUCUCUACUUGGACGAUAAAUAUGAUGUUUAUGACCUCAUUCAGCAAGUAGUUUUUGUUAUACUAGAUCCCUCUGCGGUUCGAACAACCAAAAUCAAAUACAACUCUCUUGUUAUAUUGCCCAGGGAAAGAUUCUUCGAUUUCUAUUCCAAGUUUCGUGAUCUUGCCGUUCAGGCAGAGAUCCUCAACGACAAGCACUUCCGUAACAACCUAUUCGAUAAGGCAACAUACCGCUUGACAAGUACUUCUAACCACAAGUUCGCACAUUCCACCACAGUUGGUGAAUAUACCGAAAUCCUAAACAACCUCGAUAUCGCCUAUCAACGACUUGCUGCAACCCAUACUCUUCAUCCUCACCAUUCUCUUCAGGGCACUCGCCCUACCCAAUCAUUUUCCACUUCCAGUGCUGCAAUACCUCGUAAAAGUACCCCUGGAAUAUACAACAGACCUGUGGCACCCUCUGGCAUGCCUUACCGCUUGCCCUCUGCCGCACCUAUCCUCAUUCCACGACAUUUUUCAAGUGGACCCCCUCCUACUCCUUCCUCUGGUUUCAGACAAGCCACUCCUCAAUACACACCUCGUACCUCUGCAGUCAUCAAUAAAAUUGACAACAAGAUGAAUCCCGAGUUAGAUAUUGAAGAGUUCGAUAACGAUUAUAAUAACAAAGGAUUUUCUACCUCGUUCAAAAAAGGAUACUCCAUAAGUACCAUCUCUCUUAUAGGACAGAUACAGGAUAUGUCAUAUCUUGACUUGCAUACCCUCAUAGGUGGCCGCUAUCUCUCUUUUCCAAUCACUCUGGUAAAAGAUGGCAUCGCACUCAAAACACAAGGUCUAAUAGAUUCCGGAGCCAACGGUUAUGCUUUAAUUGACCAGAACCUGCGUACAGACUAUCCUCCUACAGCAUCUUAUACCAAGUACUUCUACAUCGAUCCUCAGACUAUGCAUCUUCGCGAUACCAUCAACAGAAAACAUCAGCAAAACGCUAUUCGACAAGAUACAGCAAUCGACAGUGAAAACGCCUCCAAGGCCUUCCCCUUGAGAGAGUCUCUUGUCGUUGCCCCGACCAAUCAAAUCGCUCCUAGCCCUGGCGCCACCAGGCUAGCCAACACCUCAUUAGCCAGUGCACAGACCAAGAAGACCAGAAUCACCUCCUCGACCUCGACCUCCGACCUCCCUCGCACAAAAGUACCCUCAAACAGGAGAACCUUUGAUAAAUCCCUGGGCUUUGACCUUACCCGAAUGUCAAGAGACCUCAGAGAACCCUACUCGAGUCCUCCGACACCCAUAAUUCGAAGAAAACAUCCGAUUUCGCCAAAUUCACGAUUCCCACCUACAGCGAAAUCAUUAGACAUCCACGAAAUCUCAGCUCACGCCUUCGAAAUUGCCUGUACCAGGUCCUCAAAGAACGAACUGUUCACCUGCACUUUUCAGGAAGUAGAUUCAUUGCUUGAUCAAAGACUCUUGGAGCAAGACAGAGAAGUUGAGAUAUCCACCAUCGAAAAGGUUCUUACAAGAACUAACCGGAAUCUCAACGAAUCUGCCCUAAAGCUACUGGCUACACUUACUCCAGGAGAGCCUCUUGCCCCUGAUAAGUAUGCCUCCUUCCACGACAUCUUCAGCAAGCAGAAAUCAAACAUUUUGCCUCCUUAUCGCACUUACAAUCAUGCCAUCACUUUCGAGAACUCAACCGAGACUAGCUUAGGCUACUCACCUCUCUAUAAAAUGUCUAUCAACAAGCUUAAGGCAGUCAAGACCUACCUAACUGAUAAUCUGGCAAAAGGAUUCAUUGAACCUAAUCAAGUACCAUUCGCCGCCCCUAUUCUGUUUAUCAAAAAAGCAAAUAGUAGCCUACGAUUGUAUAUUGACUAUCACAAACUCAAUGCCCUGACACACAAGGAUCGCUACCCUCUCCCCCUGAUUGACGAGACCCUCGCACGUCUCCAAGGUGCUAAGAUUUAUACAAAACUUGAUAUUCGUCAAGCAUUCCAUCGUAUUCGUAUGGAUCCCCAAUCUGAAGAGUAUACUACUUUUCGUACACGAUAUGGAUCCUACAAAUGUAAAGUCUUACCCUUUGGCCUGACCAACGGCCCAGCUACCUACCAGCGCUAUAUGAACGAUAUAUUGUUCGACUAUUUAGACGACUUCUGUACCGCAUAUCUCAACGACAUCCUCAUUUACUCUGAGAACGUCGAAGACCACAACGAACACGUACAGAAGAUCCUCACACGCCUGCGCGCUGCCGGCCUACAGGUAGAUCUCAAGAAAUCCGAAUUUGACGUUACCCGCACCAAGUACUUAGGAUUCAUCAUCUCCACCAGUGGUGUAGAAGUUGAUCCCAACAAGGUGGCAAUUGUACACAACUGGCAAUACCCAACUACCCUGAAAGGAAUACAAUCCUUCCUUGGGUUUUGCAAUUUCUAUCGACGAUUUAUACCUAGCUACGGUGUCAUUGCCUCUGCUCUGGUGAACCUCACUCGAGCCAAUGUCCCCUUUUCUUUCACGAAAGAAUGCAUGAAUUCUUUCGAUACCCUACAAAAGCAACUUACCUCUGCUCCCCUACUACAGCACUAUGACUACAAUUUGGAAAGCAUGCUUGAAACAGAUGCCUCUGAUAGCGUCAUUGCCACUGUAUUGUCACAAAAGCAUAGAGAACAGUGGUUGCCUGUAGCAUACUUCUCGAAGACCAUGCUUCCCGCCGAACUCAAUUACCCCAUCCAUGACAAAGAACUGACUGCUAUAGUCAAGGCCUUUGGUCAUUGGAGAUCCGAACUGAUAGGAUCACGCUUUAAUGUGAAGGUAUUCACUGAUCACAAGGCAUUGAAGUACUUUAUAACCUCCAAACAGCUUAAUAAUAGACAAGCCCGCAUUGCCGAACUUCUUGCCGACUUCAACUUCCUCAUUAUGUAUCGUCCUAGCAAAGAGAACCCUCUAGCUGAUACUCUCUCUCGCAAAGACGACGACAUAGAAGUCACAAAUAAACAAAAGAAGGAACAACGUAUACUACCACUAUUCACACAAGAUCAGCUUGACCCCCGUAUCCAAACACUCCUGGAAUCCCCCGAUAUUGUUGCUCUUGAACACAUCAAACCAUUCAUCAAGACAAUAGAUCACAUACUACACCUCAACAAGACCUCCGAGACCCUCCAUGCUUUACGCAAAGAGGCCUUGAAGCCCUUUUCAGACGAAGACAAGAAAUCCCCAUAUACUAUAAUAGAUGACCUCUUGCUCUACAAUGAGAAACUAGUAAUUCCAAGCGUGGAAAACCUCCGCACACUCCUUAUCAGAGACGUACACACACAACCCCUCUCUGCACACCCAAGUGAUACGAAAACCUCGAAAAUGCUUUCAGACCACUACUACUGGAGAGGAUUAAGAGAUGAUGUUGCCCGCUACAUUCGCAAUUGUGAAAUAUGCCGCCGUUCCAAGGUCCCUCGUGACAAGAAACCAGGACUCUUGAAACCCCUCAGCAUACCGCAACGCCCCUGGCAACACAUCACCAUAGACUUCUGUAGCUUCAACAAAGAUAAAUAUGGAUAUAACAAUAUCUUAGUCAUUAUCGAUAAACUUACCAAACAAGCUAUUUCUAUUCCCUGUGACAUAGUGUGGUUGGACUCUCGAUACUACAAAACUCAGCAGCCCUCCCGCAAGCUCGACUUUCCCAUCACUGGCAAGUACGAGAUUGUAGAAAAAAUUGGACAAUCGUACCAACUUGCACUCCCGGCAACAAUGCAUAUAUUCGAUAUGUUUCCUCCCGAAAAACUCCGCCUCGCACCGGAAGACCCACUCCCAGAACAAAUCAACCCUCCGCCAUACCCCGUGAAUAUCACUGGCGAAGAAGAAUGGGAAGUGGAGGAAGUAUUAGCUUCAAAGUUGCGAUACAAGAACGUUUUCUACCAGGUCUCCUGA